GAUGAAUAGAAAGUAAAAGUCAGAGGAACUUCUUAUGUUCCAAUCACGCCCUGAUACUAUAAAACGUGUUUUUAGAAGUUCCGUGAUCAGAGUUACAAGCAAAGUCAGAGGUGCAAACAUGUGGGCUGAAGAUGAUUUGGGUCCAGGUUCUACACUAUGCCUCCAAAGCUACAUACAACCACUGGAAGGAAACAUCUACAUGAUGUACCAUGGCACAACCAGAGAGGCUGCUGAAGAAAUAAAAGCAUCUGGCUUUAAACAGUCUACUAAAGGGAUGCUCGGCCGUGGCGUCUACCUCAGUCGAGAUCUUGAAAAGGCCUCCAGAUACCCUCUGGAUUUACCUGAGGAUCAGAGAGUAGUUCUGAGAGUCAAAGUCAAUGUUGGUAAAGUAAAGAAGAUCGAUUCUCAGAAUCACCCAAUGCGAACAACCUGGCAUGAUCACGGAUAUGACACCGCCUGGUGCCCUCCAAAAUGCGGCAUGGUGCCAAGUGGUCUUGAGGAAGACUGUGUUUGGGAUCCAAAAAGAAUCACAAUCAUUGAUGAAAUCCACCCAAAACAAGCGAUUUCUGUUCUCCAGAGUCAGAACACACCAACUGCAAAUAAUGUCUACAAAAUGUACCAUGGCACAUCUAAGGCGGCUGCAGAAAAAAUACUUCAAGGAGGUUUUCGUCGAUCUGCUGGUGGCAUGUUGGGACCUGGUGUCUACCUCAGUCGAGAUCUAGAGAAGGCCUCCAAAUACCCUCUAGAUGAGGAUCUAGUUGAGGACCAGAAGGUGGUUUUGAGAGUUAAGGUCAAUGUUGGAAAUGUAAUAGCAAUCACCUCUCAAGGUCAUCGAUAUCAGAAAACCUGGCAUGAUCAAGGGUUUGACACUGCCUGGUGCCCCCCUAAUUGUGGAAUGGUGAAAAGUGGUCAGGAAGAAGACUGUGUUUGGGAUCCAAGUAGAAUCACAAUCAUUGAUGUAAUUCCAUCACGCCUUUCCAAAGAACCCCAAGAAGGUAAAGUGUACAGAAUGUACCAUGGUACAUCUAGGGAGGCUGCAGAAAAAAUUAAAAUAGAGGGGUUUCGUCAGUCUGCUGAUGGCAUGCUUGGGCGUGGUGUUUACCUGAGCCGAGAUCUAGAGAAGGCCUCCAAGUACCCUCUACAUCUUGACAAGCAUCAGAAAGUUGUUCUGAGAGUCAUGGUUAAGGUCGGAAAAGUUAUAAGGAUCAAUUAUCAAGGUCAUCCAUAUCAGAAGACCUGGCAUAAUCAUGGGUAUGACACCGCCUGGUGCCCUCCUUGUGACAUGGUGCCAAGUGGUCUUGAGGAAGACUGUGUUUGGGAUCCAACCUGUAUAACAGUCAGUGGUGUAAUCCGUUCUCCACCAUGCCUCAAAAGCUUCAUACAACCACAGGAAGGUAACAUCUACAGGAUGUACCAUGGCACAUCCAGGAAUGCUGCUGAAGUAAUAAAAGCAUCUGGCUUUAAACAGUCUGCUACAGGGAUGCUCGGCCGUGGUGUCUACCUCAGUCGAGAUCUUGAAAAGGCCUCCAGAUACCCUAUGGAUAAGACUCUGCCUGUGGAUCAGAGAGUAGUUCUGAGAGUCAAAGUCAAUGUUGGUAAAGUGAAGAAGAUUGAUUCUCAGAAUCACCCAAUGCAAAAAACCUGGCAUGAUAAAGGGUAUGACACCGCCUGGUGCCCUCCAGGAUGCGGCAUGGUGCCAAGUGGUCUUGAGGAAGACUGUGUUUGGGAUCCAAAAAGAAUCACAAUCAUUGAUGAAAUCCACCCAAAAGUAGGGCUUUCUGGUGCUCACUGUGAACGUUAUUAAAAUAAUACUGAAGGGUUAGUCUAAAAAUGCUUUAAAGUUUCUGAUAUGUUGUUUGUUAUUUUUUUUUACAAACUGUUAAAAAAAAACUUCAUCAUUUUUAAAUGAUCAUAUUGUACCCCAUGUUCUGACACAAGCAAGCAAAAUUAACCUACUUUAAAAAAGUUUGUGUUCCAACAAUCUACAAAUUAAAAAAUAAAAGUAAUUUAAGAAAAUUAUAUUGGAAAAGCUACCUACACUCUCAAAAAGAAUGUGUUGAUUAUUUACAACAUAGUUUGUGUUGUACUAUUUAUCUCAAUAUGUGUACUUUUGUGUUAUUAUGUGUUCAAUAAAUAAAAAGGACUACACAAUUUGAGUUAAAAGUAAGACAGAAU